AUGUCAUAUCCAGCGGUACCUGGAUCCAGUAUAGCAAAUAAAUUUGAUUCAGCAUCGCGACAGAAGAAUAAGAGUAAAGAUUCCUUUGACUUACAGUUCGACGAUUCCCUUGACGCAGCUCUAGAUAAUUUACAGAUCAACGACCUUAACCAUAGCGGUGGACCAGAUCAUAGUUGGGACUCUCGAAGCUCAAUUGAAAGCUUUGAAAUGAGAACGAUGAACGAAAAUGAAGGAACUGCUGCAGCCAUACGAAAACAUUCUACCACUGAUUCAAGACCUCUACUAGACGGUUCACGGAACUCUGGCUCUGGAAACCGAAAUCAAAUUCACAACUAUUCUACCGAUUAUAGGAAUGCUAAUGGAUUGUGGGCAAAAUUAAGAUCUCUAUUCAAUGGACAAUCUAGGCUUAGUAAGUACCGAUCAACCUCAGGAAUUGAGCUUAAUGACAGUCACAUCGAUAGAGAGAUCCACCCCGAUACAACACCAACUUAUGAUCGAAACAAGUAUCCUAGUAAUGAGAUCUCAAAUGCCAAAUAUAAUGCAAUCACCUUUGUGCCCACUUUAUUGUAUGAGCAGUUCAAGUUUUUCUUCAAUUUAUACUUUCUGGCAGUAGCAUUGUCACAAGCUAUUCCGGCAUUGAGGAUAGGUUAUCUAUCUUCCUACGUGCUUCCCCUAGCCUUUGUCUUAACGGUGACUAUGUUGAAGGAGGCAAUGGAUGACAUACAGAGAAGAAGGCGCGACAGUGAAUCUAAUAACGAACUUUACGCUAUAAUAAACAAGUCCCAGUUGGUACCAAGCAAAGAUUUAAAAGUUGGGGAUCUAAUUAAGAUGCACAAGGGUGCACGUAUUCCUGCCGAUUGUAUAUUACUACAGUCAAGUGAACCUUCCGGUGAAGCCUUCAUCAAAACCGAUCAGCUUGAUGGUGAGACAGAUUGGAAACUGAGAAUAGCAUGUCCUCUAACACAAAAUCUAUCACAAGAUGACCUACUGAACAAAAUCAGUAUCACUGCUUCUGCUCCAGAAAAAUCCAUCCAUAGGUUCUUGGGUAAAGUGACUUACAAAAGCUCUUCCUCAAACCCUCUAUCGGUAGAUAAUACCCUUUGGGCAAAUACAGUGCUCGCUUCAAGCGGUUAUUGCAUUGCAUGUGUUGUAUAUACUGGGGCGGAUACAAGACAGGCGAUGAACACCACAACGCCGAAAGUGAAAACAGGUUUACUUGAGCUAGAGAUCAACAGCAUUUCAAAAAUACUUUGUGCCUGUGUUUUCCUUCUUUCCAUCUCGCUAGUAGCUUUUGGUGGCAUCCAAAAUGCAGAUUGGUAUGUCGAUAUAUUGAGGUACCUCAUCUUGUUCUCUACGAUCAUUCCAGUUUCGCUUAGGGUGAACUUAGAUCUGGCAAAAUCGGUAUAUGCUUACCAGAUCGAACAUGACGAUGCUAUUCCAGAGACAGUCGUUAGAACCAGUACAAUUCCAGAAGAUUUGGGUCGCAUUGAAUAUCUUCUCAGUGACAAAACAGGAACUUUGACGCAGAAUGACAUGCAACUGAGAAAAAUUCACCUUGGGACAGUGUCGUACACAGCAGAAACUAUCGAUAUCGUCUCCGACUAUAUUCAAACAUUAGAUUCGUCAGCACCACCAUCGACAUCGAGACGUGACAUAAGUACUAGAGUACGUGAUAUGGUUGUUACUUUGGCACUUUGCCACAAUGUGACUCCUACGUUUGAAGAUGAAGGUCUGAUGUAUCAAGCAGCUUCUCCGGAUGAGAUUGCUAUAGUCAAAUUCACUGAGUCGGUUGGUCUAUCUCUUUUCAAGAGAGACCGCCACUCUAUAAGUUUACUUCAUGAGCAUUCAGGAACGACACUGAAUUACGAUAUUCUACAGGUCUUCCCCUUCAAUUCGGAUACCAAGCGUAUGGGUAUAAUUGUACAUGAUAAGCAAAAGAAUGAGUACUGGUUCUUGGAAAAAGGUGCCGAUACCGUCAUGGCUAAGAUUGUUGAAAGGAAUGAUUGGCUGGAAGAAGAGACAGGAAACAUGGCCCGUGAGGGUUUGCGUACCUUGGUCAUCGGUCGCAAACAGCUUACACAUAAAUCAUACGAGGAGUUUAAAAAGAAAUACGAAGAAGCAUCAGUCUCGAUGCUUAAUAGAGACGAGCAGAUCAGCAAUGUGGUCAGUGAGUAUUUGGAAAGAAAUUUGGAACUAUUGGGACUUACUGGUGUGGAAGACAAGCUACAGAAGGAUGUCAAGGCAUCUAUCGAAUUACUGAGAAAUGCUGGGAUUAAGAUAUGGAUGUUGACUGGUGAUAAAGUCGAAACAGCGCGCUGCGUGUCAAUAAGUGCUAAGCUUAUUUCUAGAGGACAAUACGUGCAUACGAUAACUAAACAGCAUGAUCCUCACGGCGCUUUGGAUAAAUUAGAGUAUCUGAGAAUUAAUAAGAAUUCGUGCCUGAUAAUCGACGGAGAAUCAUUGGGAAUGUAUCUGCAAUAUUACAGAAAAGAGUUCUUUGAAGUGGCAGCAAGCGUUCCCGCAGUUAUUGCUUGUAGGUGCACACCUCAACAAAAAGCUGAUGUUGCACUUGUUAUUCGCGAAUUGACCGGUAAAAGAGUCUGUUGUAUCGGUGACGGUGGUAACGACGUUUCUAUGAUUCAAAGUGCUGACGUCGGUGUGGGUAUUGUCGGAAAAGAAGGUAAACAGGCUUCUUUGGCAGCUGAUUUCUCGAUUACACAGUUUUGUCAUCUAACUGAGCUACUUUUAUGGCAUGGAAGAAACUCAUACAAAAGGUCAGCCAAGUUGGCCCAGUUUGUGAUGCACAGAGGGCUAAUCAUUGCCAUCUGUCAAGCGGUUUAUUCAAUAUGCUCCAGCUUCGAGCCCAUCGCUUUGUACCAGGGAUGGUUGAUGGUUGGGUACGCAACCUGUUACACUAUGGCGCCCGUUUUCUCUCUGACAUUGGAUCAUGAUAUAGAUAAGCCUCUGACAAAAACCUACCCUGAGCUUUAUAAAGAUUUGACGGAGGGCAAGAGUCUGUCUUAUAAAACGUUCCUUGUUUGGGUAGCUCUAUCACUGUUCCAAGGCCUUGUGAUCCAAGGAUCAUCUCAAGAAUUCACAAGUCUAGAUCCUCAAGACUUUAACAAAAUGGUAGCCAUCAGCUUUAGCGCUUUGGUAAUGAACGAGCUGGUCAUGGUUGCUCUGGAAAUCAAUACAUGGAAUAAAGUCAUGGUUAUUACUGAAAUGUCAACUUUACUUCUUUACAUUAUAUCGGUACCAUUCCUGGGAGACUAUUUCGAUUUGAAGUACAUGACAAAAUUGAUGUUUUUGGGUGCAACUAUAUUCAUUUUGGCAAUCUCAGUGUUCCCGGUAUGGGCUGCCAAAGCCAUUCAUCGUAAGCUGAACCCCCCUAGUUACGCAAAAGUUCAGGAGUUCGCUACGGUAUGA